CACGAAAUUGAAAAUAGUUCAGACCUGAGAGAGUCAGAGAGAGAGAUCUUCUGCUACGCGGCUACCCUUGCCGACCCCGAGAUCUCCACGCCGGUUUUGCGUUCUGUGCCCUGGAAUAUGCUUCCGCUUUCUCUACUCAAGACCGCUCAAGGUCACCCUAUGUUGAACCAGUGACUUGUUCGCCUGGUUACUUUUUUGGUUCGCUCACCAAUCUGAUUUCCAAAACAUUGAGCUAGACGAAGGUGAGGAUGAUGGACGUAGUCAUCAUGUCCCUUUUGCCUUGGGCUGGACAGUUGGUGGAGCUGAAAAAUGGGGAGACAUAUAAUGGGCAUUUGGUUAACUGUGAUACUUGGAUGAAUAUACAUCUCCGUGAAGUCAUCUGUACAUCUAAGGAUGGAGAUCGAUUUUGGCGAAUGCCUGAAUGCUAUAUACGCGGAAAUACAAUCAAGUAUCUUCGAGUUCCUGAUGAGGUUAUUGAUAAAGUUCAAGAGGAAAAAAAGAAAGAAGAAAAACGAAUUCAGAAUGGGAUUUUUAAUUACACAGAGAUUUAG